GUUGUAUCAGCUUAAUACCGCAGAGGAGAAUGCAUUAGAGGAUAUGUAUUUAAUCAAAUAUACAAAUGUAUGCUGUCCUUACCAUGAAUAAAUUCCAUCUGCCUAAAAGCCCAGGAUAAGGCAUCAUAAGAGUCUAGGCUAGCAUUAGGUUCUUGAAUCUUGACAAAACAGAAGAAACAACAACGUUGUCUUGUCUAGGUCAUGAAUCAGUAUUAUGAGAGACUGUUCUGUUCUGUGUGUAGUUUCCUUUUUUUUCUGUCCUAAACUUAGUCUUGAGGAGGAAAAUAGGAGAGCAAACUUGACAGAAUAUAAAAGAGCUUGCCAUAUAUCACCAAGUUUUGUUGCCGUGUAUUGCCUUUUCCAUGAAAAGGCAUCAAAAUUCAUAUGCUGGUGAAGCACUUAGCUUUUCUGGGUUGUUUUUGGUUAGCCUCUAGGUACACUCAAAUAGGCUUCUCUAAUCCUACAAACUGUUUUCAGUACUUUGUUUUUCCUGCAGUUCUCUUAUGACAGGCUUAUCAAAUAGCCUCUAGCUUCUCUUAUGAAUUCCAAGCAGUAGAAGUAGUGAUUUUUCCUGCAGUUUGCAUAUACAUAGAAGUAGAAACAGCUAGGAUUAUCUUUCACAUUUCCCUUGUUAUGGCAUCUGAUAAGACGGAGGAGUAUCCUCAGCUUCUGACUCUAAAUACUAUGAACAAAGAAUGGCUAGUAAAUCAUGAAGUCUCAGAGGAGACGAAGUUGGAGCUGAGGCUUGGUCCUCCAGGGGAAGUCCAUGGCUACAACAGCAAUACAAUUCAUGGAACAAAGAGAGCUUUCCAUCACACAACAGCUAAGACAAGAAUAGGAGAGAAAGCAGGUGAUGAAGUGAAUUCUACUCCAACUCCAUGGUCCUCAGGCUUUACAAUAUAUUCUGGUUUUCAGAAAGACGCCAAGACGGAGCCACAACAUUCAAAAGCUUCAUUUUUCCAAAACAUACCAGUCUCCAAGAAGUUUGCUGGCAUGGCUGAGGACUUUAAACAGCCAAGUAGCUCUAAGAUGACACUGGGAGAGGUUCAGUUUUCUGAUAGGAAAGCACGUUGUACUCUUUCUACUGCUGAUCCAGACGCCUCGACGAACAAUACCUCAAAUAAAAGCUCUUCUUGCAGCCUCAAAAUGAGCAGAAUUGCAUAUUCCCCAGUUGUUGGGUGGCCUCCGGUUCGAUCAUUCCGGAAAAAUCUUGCAAGCAACAGCUUGUCGAAGCCAGCUUCUGAAACGUCAAAUGACAAGACGGACACCGGAGUCAAACCAGAAAAUCACAAAACUCAGUUGUUUGUAAAGAUCAACAUGGAAGGAAUCCCUAUCGGGAGGAAAAUAAAUCUCAGUGCCUAUAACAGUUAUGAGGAACUCUCACUUGCUAUAGAUGAACUGUUCAGUGGUUUGCUUGCAGCUCAAAGAGAUCCAUCUGCCACCCAAAGCGAAAGCAGGAUCAAGGAAUUAGCCAAAGCAGGGGCAGGUUCAUUAGCUGGAAAUGGGGAAUAUACUCUAAUUUAAGAAGAUGAUGAAGGAGACAGGGUGCUUGUUGGAGAUGUCCCAUGGAACAUGUUUGUUUCUACUGCAAAGAGGUUACAUGUAUUGAAGAGUUCUGAAAUUUCAACUCUACAAGUUUGUAGAAAUGAGAAAGAAAAGGCCCCAUUGGAUCCUGCAGUUCAUAUUUGAAGGUCACUUUAUGAGGGAGGGAGGGAGGAUUUUGUUAUAUCUUUCAGGUGGAGAAGUUCUGGUGGCAUGAAACUUCGAAUCUAUCAUUUGCAGACAUUUUCAUGGAAGUUGGCAUAUGAGCUAUGAUGUUCAUUGAAUAAGUUUGUGAAUAUGUUUUGAUGGAUUCUCUUAGAUGUAUUUCAAUUUCUAUGUUGCUUCUUUUAUUCUGUACUUUCAGAGGUCAACUGGGUGUUUGGAACUUGAUGGG